AAUACUGUUCGGAUUACGUCUUAAAUUGUUUCAUGUUUGUGACUGGCACGUAUUAAAUUUAAUUUUUGAAAAAGAUUUUUAUGAAUAAAAUGGAAUCUGAUGGUGAAAAAGAACAUUUAUUAAUUAACCAAGCAUCCAAGGCUUCAGGAGUAAAAUGUGAUAUUGUAAAUGAAUGUCAAAUGUUUUUAAAGGCUGAGGAAGGUGGAGGAGAUGCACACACAAUUAUGGGGGAUAAUAUUCUAGCAGAGACUGAAAAAAGUAAAAAUAGCUUUAUUAAUCCACCACAGCCUGAAAUUAAAGAAUUUUCAUCAGAAGAAGCCUUACAUUCUAAUCGAGAUAAUGGUAUUGAAGGUAGUGGACAACAGUCUUUGAAUGAUAGUGUAAAAGCUCAAGGGACUGUUGAGUCCCCAGAUUCAAAACAAGAUGGAUUACCAAAUACUGUUACAGUGUUGGAUGCACCGAACGGUGGUAAAGUAUACUUGGUUGGGACUGCACAUUUUAGCUUGCAAUCGCAAGAAGAUGUUUCAAGGGUCAUUCAAGAAGUAUCCCCACACAUAGUUAUGGUUGAACUCUGUGAGCAAAGGACCAAUAUUUUAUUACUUGAUGAAGAGGUUAUUUUAAGAGAAGCUAAAAAUAUUAAUAUUAAGAAAAUUAGGGCAACUAUGGCUCAAAAUGGAGUAUUUAAUGGUUUAAUGUACAUAUUGCUUUUGAAUAUGUCGGCCAAUAUCACUAGAGAGCUAGGUAUGGCUCCUGGUGGUGAGUUUAGAAGAGCAAUGGCUGAGGCUAAAAAAGUUCCUAAUUGUAUAGUCCAAUUAGGAGAUCGUGCCAUUGACAUAACUCUACACAGAGCAAUUGCAUCACUAUCCUGGGGACAAACAAUCCGGUUUAUUUGGCAUUUGCUUACAUCUAACCAAAGUAUAAGUUUAGAAGAAGUAGAGAGAUGUAAACAGAAGAAGAUGCUAGAGGACAUGCUGGAGGAAAUGGCGGGAGAGUUUCCCGCGCUUAAGCGUGUGUUUGUCGUCGAGAGGGACAUGUAUCUGUGUCACUCACUGCAAGUUGCUGCCUUGCAGACACGAAGGGAACCAUGUCGUAUUGUGGGUGUAGUUGGCAUCGGUCACGUGGCGGGGAUCGUCGAGUACUGGGGCAAGAUUACUCCGCAGGAUAUAGCGCCGUUGCUUGUAGUGCCGCCGCCAUCGCUGUCGACGCGCAUAAUCCGCGUGUCGGUGCGCGUGGCGUGCGCGGGCGCGCUGCUGUACGCCGGCUACAAGCUGGCGCCGCGCCGCUGGCUGCCGUGAUGUACGCGCGCGCACACAUGGGAAUCCAUGAUAUUCGGAUUGGAAAUAUUUCGGAACUCUAAAAUCGACAAAGUCGAUGUCUUAUGAAACGUAAUAAUUGUCAUAAAUUAAAAAGGCCUACGGUUAGACCGAAAUUAUAUAUUUUUGAGCUUAUGUGUUCUCUAUUUUUUCUAAUUAAUUUCAAUUUAUUUCAUGCUAUACCAAUCCAAAUGCAAUUUACCAUGUUCAACAUUUGAUUUAUUUAAGUGGAGCUAGAAUUUCUUUGCUGUUAAGAAUACAAUUAUAUUACUUUAAAAGAUUGCUUGUAAUUUUAAUUGAUAAGAAAGAGGAUAAGAAGGAAAUGUUAUCCAGGAUUUUAUCAAUUUAUUAAACACUUUUUGUCACAACUGAGUCAUAUCGAAAAUUAUAACUUAUUAAGACUUGAGACAUUUUUAAAAUAAAAUGGGACCUAAAAUGUAAGAUGAUACAAUUAUUAAUUAGUUCUAAUCGUGGAAUUUAAGAAUAAAAUAGAGUUUUGAGUUAUCUUUUUGAAAGAUCUCUAUAUAGCAGCUAUAUCUACAAUGAGAGGUGUAUAGAGCAAUCGCUUUAAGAAAUUGUAAGUCAUCGAUGCAAGGGUGCAAGUUUGCAAUAGCACGGCGAUAAGCAAAGAAUUGUAAUGCCUUCAUUAUUAGCAGUUUCAUCUAUAAAAUAUAUUUUAUUAUAUUGUGAAUUCGAUUUUGCUAUUUCUAGAAUUCGGAUUGGGCCUGUCUAGGUCGGCUGACAACGAUGACAAACUGUUUCUUUAAGGCGAAUGGACUUGUUUUAAUUUUAGAUUAAUAAUAUAUUAAAUUUGGGUUACACUUUAAUUAAUUGUUGCAUUAAAAAACACAUUCGUUAUAUGUAUAUUUGUAGAAGUAAAACGUGUUACAAAUGUUUAUUUUUUUAGUUCGUAUGUAUUUUAAAAAUAUCUCAAUACUCUUUAAUAUGAUCACAUAUUAUAUGACCAAUUAAAAAGAAUUGAAAGGAUUUUGAAACCUUAAAACAUAAGUUCAAAGGAAGGAAUAGGGAUAUCAGUCGUAGUCUUUGAUUAUUUUUUUACAUUUUCAAUUGUUAUCUUUAUUAUCGUGAAUGGUGGGCUUCAAUAUACCGUCGCACUUCCUCUUGACAAAAAAAAAAACAAUAUUACCAC